GCACGUUGCCAACAAGCGAUUGCUGAAACGGUGUUGCGUGUCUCUACGCUCUUAACGGCUGCCGUGUCGCCUCUACCGGGGGAGAAACAAAAGCGGCGCACCUUGUGCCUCUCCCCCCUCCUCCUUCUUUUGCCACCCUACUAUUUGUUUUUGUUGCCAUUUUUGUAUUCGUUUGAUUCCACUUCGUUGAGCUCACAUAUCCGAUUUCUUUGUUUUUGUUCUUAGACGCUUAGAGAUCCUUCUCCUGCUUUCCUUUUUUUCUUUUCCCUCAGCACACGGCUCUGUAUACACUCUAAUGAGCCGCCCCGCCGAGACGGUCAACGGGACGCGUCGCGUUGUCUCGCCGCCGCCGUCGCUUGCUGCAAAUGGUGCGCGCCACCGCAGCAACGGCAACUACGUGAAGAGCUUCGGUCGGAACAGCUUCGAGCUGCAGCAGCAGCAACUGAAGUCGAAGCAGCCGCUGCAGCCUGCGUUACAAGAAACAGCAAAGCGUGUGAACUCGAAGCCCACCGUGUGUGGCAACGGUUGUGGCGGCGGCGCGCUCCGUCAAGUGCGCUCGCCGGUCGUCGCGAUGGCGCCGUCGCACAUCACCGUCUCGGCGAACUCCUCUGACACAAAUGCAGAAGGCGAAGAUGUCGACCUCAGCCCCUUUACGACGCCGGCGCAGUCGUACGUGCCGGAGCACCGACGCCGGGGCGGGCACGUUGAUGCUGCUGCCCCGCGUGUUGCGGCAACCGGUAAGCAGACGGAGAAAAGUGCAGAUAAGGAGAACACCCACGUGACAGCAGCAGCGACAGCGGCAGCAGCCGUUGCCCCCGGUGGUGCGGCGCCGAAGUCGUCUUCCUCCUCCGCAGGCACGCCGACGGCGCUCCUUCGCAGCGGCCCCUCCAGCGCACGAGGCGGUGCCGCUGGUGGUGGUGGUCCAUGCGCGGCCACUUCGACUUCCCCGUCGGCUGCGAGAGUCAGCGCAUCGUCACAGCGCGGCCCUGCCCCGAAGCGCACGGUAAACGUGAAAGAUUCGCGAACUCCCGCCACCGCUGCUGGCCAGCGCAAGGUGGCAUCUUCUGCUUCUGCCACUGCCGGGUCAUCCACCACCACGGCGCCAUCCACCGACGCGAAGAAGGAGCGCGUAGCCGUAGCAGCGACAAGGCAACGCACGCCGUCACCCGAACUCGACGGAGCUCUGCGGAUGCAGCUGGACCAAGCGGACUCCGUCUUGACCUAUGUGGUGAGUAUCGCACGCGCACUUGGCGAGCGACGUCGGUGCGGACCACCGCCCGACUCCACGGACGACUUCCGCGCCUCCAUGGUGCCGCGUCGCCGCUCUACGGGGUAUCACGUGCACCACAGCAGGGUUGACGAGGGCAUCGACGAUGCGGAAGAGGAAGAAGGAGCACCGGAUGGCGUGGGUGGGGAAGGGGCCGCCCAUCACAACCCAAGCAGCUUUGGAUCCGUGGCGCUGCUGCCCGACUUGCACAGAGCCGCCAGCGGUUUGUUGAGCGCCUUCACGAAACUCGAGUACGCACACCUGGGCGAAGACGUGGACCUCCCGCUGCUCGAGAAGACCGCGCUGGAGCGCGGCUCACAACUGUUGCGGGUUGUCGACGGCGUGGCUCGUCAGCUAUCGUUGCACGAGGCACCGGAGGUGCGCCGCCUGUUCGCCGAUCACCGUUCCGUGUUCGCCGAGAUGCAUCAGCUGGUGGACUUUGUCGCUCGCAUGGCCCAGCAGGUCGUGUUGCUUCGUGACAUCGCGGCCCACCACGACCUCGGCGAAGCACGUGAAGUGUGGGACAGCUUCCGGAAGAGUGUCGAGGUGGAAGAGGAGAGGCAGCACCAGCAUUACGGUGGUAGUGGUGGUGGUGGUGUGACGGACAACGACAAGACAGGUAGAUGCGCAUGCAGGUCUUCGUCUCCCAGGCGCCUCUUCUUUCCACUCUCCAUGCUGAAGGCAAGCCCGUUCUUUCAGUGGUUGGAGUCGCGCUGGUUCCCUGCGAUGCGGGCGUGGCGGCAGCUCGUGCUCGACGCCCGCCAACUCGCCAGCACGGGCCGCACCGACGCCGCCAUCCGCCGCUCUCGCAUGGACGCGCUGCAGAUCGCAGGGCUGCAAGAGAUUCUUCGCCCUGGGGAGACCGUCUCUGACUUGCACCACGCACAAAUCGUGGUGCCGGUGACCGAGUUGGGCCAUACCUUUGCGCGAAAGCAGGCGGUGAUGGAUCAGCUGCGGAGCCUCAUGGCAGAGCCCGACAGCGUGAUCGGCGCCGUGCUGGCGCCAGCGUUGAAGGCGGCGCAGGCGUAUACGCAGGUCCGCAGCGGGUGUCCGUCUGGUGGCGGCAACCGUGACGACGCGCAACGGGACGACGCGGCCCUCGUGAAGCAGGCAGAGGAUCUUCUUCACCGCAUACAGGAGGCGGAGCGUUUGCGGAGCGCCGUGGACGCCCUUCUGCAAACGCCAUCCCCGACGCUGGAGACCCUUCUGGAUCACAUUACACGCGUCAACGAGCUCCUCCUUCGCUGGCGCCUGCCGUACGAUGCGGCGUCGGCGCGGGUGGCGGUUGCGGUGGGUCGCGGUGCACUGGCGCACGGCACGGCAGCGCACCUCUCACCGCCAUCGCCGCUGCACCAUGGACAGGCCUCGGACGCCACCACCCUCUUCUCUCCUCCGCGUGCUGCUGAUGUUGAUGGUAAUGUGGCUGCUGGAGCGGACUUGGCCGGUUCUCCCCUUCCACCGCAGGUGCCUCUUUUAAACUUCAACGCCCUUAAAACCAACGGCACCGCAAUCCCGGCUCAACUAUCACGGCACUCUGCGACGGCUACGUGGAUCGGCGAAGGCUUCCCCGCGGACUUCCCCGUGUCUGCCCUGUACAUCCCGCACACCACCACCGCCGCCUGGCCGGCCGACUUCGACGUCCUCUACCGUGAGUUGUGCGACGUCUUCGCGAUGCUGUUCUCGCAGGGCCAAGCCCAGCGACAGUUGGAGCAGGCGCUCGGCCACACCCCGGACGAUCGGGCGGGGACGCGCCAGAGCAAAACAAGCUACCCCAACGAUGCGGGGCUUCGCACUCCGUCUGCGCAGGUUACACCGCGGCGCCCAACGCACGACGUAGGGUCCCCCGCGGGGACCCAGCGCUCCAGCGAGGACAGCGCACGGAUGGUCACCACUGCCCGUAGCAGCAACAGCGCGGAGAGCAGCAGCCUGCACAACUGUCACCGUUGGCCCUCUGUCGCUGCGGCGGCGGGCGAUCUGCGGCAGCGUAUCCAACAGGCGGAAGCGGCCGGCAUCAGCGGCGCGCUGAUCGACGCCGCUCGCGCACGUCUACGUCGUUUACUGACGGCGCGACUGAAGAUUCACUUCGACGCGCAGACACGCGUGAUGCCGGUGGCGGACGCAGCGCAGGCGAAGUUCACCGACGUCUACGACCAGCUGCACGCGCACUGUCAAGCCCAGCUGGCGCAGUCGUCGUGCAGCGGCGCGGCGGUGGCGGUCGGCACGUCGUCAUCACCGGAAGAGCGGCGACUGCGCAUCCGCUACGAGGACGUCGACGGCGACUUUAUUUCUCUGUUAAAUCAGCAAGACUGGGACGUGAUGCUGUCCGAGCUGCUCUCGCAGGAAGAGAACGGUAGCGGCAGCAGUAGCGGUGGUGGGAAAAUCGAGCUCUUCUGCGACUACCCGAUUACGCCGAGUCUGGCUCCCCCGCCACAGCAGCAGCAGCGGCAGCAGCGGCCAUCUUACGGGAAUGAAAGGCAAGAGAGCGUGGGCUGGACGGACUUCCAGACAAUCGACGACGACUUCGCAGACGCUUCCGCAGCAGCUGCGGCAGCACCAGCGGCUACCACGCCGGAGAAGCAGCCGAAUGUAUUCGAGCGGUUGGCUACGACGAAGGACGCAACACCGAACGCGUCGGGGGGCCGGGGGGCGGGGGCCAACGCACACCGCCCCGUUCGCGGCCGCCCGCGGCUCGGCGGUCCAUCCGCUGCGUCCGCCACUCAAAACACGCUCAUUCCGCGCUCCCGCAACCCUGCCGGGGCGAACGGGAGCCGGCCGGCGGCGAGUCCGGGUAAAGGGAGUCCAGGCGGCGCUGACGUCGCGAAGUACUCAUCCCCCGCCCCGGCGAAGGGAGCUGCGCAGCGCGGCGGUGGCAGUGAAUCCUCACCUGGAAAGAAGACCGGCACGGACGCGACGGGCAGUCCGACGGCGGCGGCGUCCACCGUGCAGUCGAUGGAGCUGACGGCGGACAACCUGCGCCGCAACCUUUUUCUCUCCUCGCCCUCGCCGCCGUCUGCGCAGGGCAGAGACUCCGGCAAGGACGCCUGCCGACGCUCUGGCGAGGCGGCUUCCGCCAAGAAGGCAGCCGAGCUACAAGACGAAGAAGAUCCUGCGGCGGUCACUACGGCUGCGGCUACAGCAGACGGCCACAACGUGAGCGGCGGCAACAGUGGAACGCGCCUUGUGGCGAAGGAGAACCCGUUUGAGAGCGCGUUACCCAGCAGCGCGGUUCAUGUAAACAUCGACGCAGCGCGGCGCUGGACGGCAGCGGGUGAGGACGACGACUUCCAGCUGCUCGAGAUUCAAACCCGCGCCUCUGCCUCGACGACUCGCAUGGACCCCUGCCUUUCCAGCUGCAGCGUCGAGACGGCGCUGCCGCCGCCGUCCUCGUGCGUUGCGACAGCGGCGUCCUCCACGACGCUGAGUCCAUCGGGGGGUCGCAACACCUUCACAACAACACACUGCUCCGGUAAAGUCGCAGACAAUCACAACGCCGUGCCUGCUCCCACUGUUAUGGAGUCGAAUGCGCACGACUCGCAAGCGACCGCCUCAGCGAAUGCAGCCACCAACGUGAGCAGCACCAAUGCGCCAGAGGAAAAGGAAGGAGCGCAGCAUCAGGAAGAGAUGCGAGAGGAGCGGCGGAAGAAGGAGCGCCUCCCGCAGUCUCCGCCCCGGCACGCGCCGCGCCGGUGGACCUCCGACGACUUCACUCUGGACGAGGUCAAGACGGUGUGCAGCGAGCGCUCCCGAAUGGCGAUGAUGCCGGUGGUGCCGCGAGGUCCGACCUCGCUGCCGCCACGACCGCAGACUCCAUCGCGAGAGGCGGCGGCGAACCGGACACCACAGCGCCAACGACGCGGUGCACGGGGAACCCCAACCCGAGGUCGGCCCGACGGUGCGGACAUCGACGAGGGAGAGGCGGCGCAACCGGCGGAAGACGUGUUUGCGGAGAUGCAGCGCAUGCGGGAUGAAAACACACGUGCCAUGGCGCAGCCUCGUAAAGCGGCGUGGCAUUAA